AUGACGAGACCCUGGAGUUUAAUUUGGCUCGGUCCGACCACCAGCAGGCAACCAGUCAGAGAGCUGCUCGCCCGCCGCAUUCGGGACUCGCUCAUCCCCACAGGACCUUUGACAUUGACCUAUAAGGCCAAGUACGGAGCCACCAAGCUUUCUUGCGGCGGACAGAAGGCUCCCGAGGGACCGUUCGGGUUCCCGAGUAAUCGCGACGUCGUCUACGACGGGAUGUCAGCCGAGAACUCGUCGCACAGCACCUUUGUGUUCUGCGGGUUCCCCGCGCUGGACGAGCGGCGCUGGGUCCUGGCGCCGCCGCUGGCAACCACCUCCGUCUUGGCGCUGCUGGGCAACGUACUUUUGGUUUAUGUCAUCGCCAGCGUGGAGCGUCUCCACAGCCCCAUGUACCUGCUGAUAUGCGCCCUGUGCCUGGUGGACCUGCUAGCCGUGGCCGCCAUCAUCCCCAGCACACUGGUGGGUCUGCUAGUAGACGGGACCCGCGUGUCCCUGGCCGGCUGCCUGGCGCAGAUGUUCGCCACCCACUUCCUGUCGUCGGUGGAGUCCACCCUGCUCAUGGCUAUGGCGCUGGACCGCUACGUGGCCGUGUGCCGCCCGCUGCGCUACAAGCAGCUGUUGGGUCGGCGAGCGCUGGUCACGCUGACGCUCUUCACCUUGGCCCGGAGCGGCGCCGUCAUGGCCACCCUGGUGGGCCUGGCCGGCUCACUGCGCUUCUGCGCUUCUGACGUGAUCCGCCACUGCUACUGUGACCACAUGGCGCUGGUCAGCCUGGCGUGCGGCGACACCGGGCGCAGCGCUGCCGCCGGCGUGGCUGUCAUCGUCUGCUUCGUGGGCGUGGACAUCCCCCUCAUCGUCUUCUCCUACGCCAAGAUCCUUGUCGCCGUGGUGCGGGCGGCGGCCCCCGGGGACGAGCGUCGUAAGGCCUUCCACACGUGCGGCACACACCUGAUGGUGAUGACGGUGUUCUAUCUGGUCGGAAGCGUCACCUUCCUGUCGCACAACCUCGGUCUUGCCAUCCCCACCGACGCCAACAGCGCCAUGGGGCUCCUGUACAUCUUGACCCCGGCCGCCGCCAACCCCGUCAUCUACGGGGUCCGCACCGCCGAGAUCAGGAACGGCGUCUGCAGCCUUCUUGGCUUCAGGGACGCCACCAAGGCCAAGACCAAGGGCAAGGUCUCUCCCGCCAACGGCGCCCUGUAGAUGUCAAGACGCUCAACUGCUUUAACGAUGAAAAUACUUGUUUUAUUUCAUUCUUUAUA